AAUUUCAUGAUAGAUAAAUAAAGAUAGACUUAAAAUUAUUAUCUUGAGUGAGUUUCUAUAUCAAUUUUUUUUUUAGAGAAGAAGAUGUUUCAAAUUACUUCAGUAUUUAUGGGCCAGUGCAAGAUGUGAGGAUUCCAUACCAGCAGAAGAGAAUGUUUGGGUUUGUUACAUUUGUGUAUCCAGAGACAGUGAAGCUUAUAUUGACUAAAGGGAAUCCUCAUUUCGUCUGUGAUUCGCGUGUGCUUGUGAAGCCUUACAAGGAGAAGGGAAAAGUCCCGGACAAGAAGCAGCAGCAGCAUCAACAACAGAUAGAGUGAGAAGAGUAUUCAGCUUGUUCUACCCCUCCUGGAAUUGAUUCUAGGGAGCCAUUUGACCUCCAUCUUGGAGCUAGAAUGUUUCAAAAUACUCCAGAGAUGUUGUUGAGAAGGAAAUUAGAGGAGCAAGCUGAAUUGCAGCAAGCUAUUGAACUGCAAGGGAGAAGGCUAAUGAAUCUGCAACUUCUCGACUUCAAAAACCAUAACAAUCAUCAAUACCUUCAUGGAUUGUCUACUGGGUCGCCCAUUCCCUCGCCAACGCUCUCUCACACUACCAACAGUCAUAACCUCAUUUUUCCAGCUGAUGGCAUUGAUCAAGAAGUUCCCGAAGAGAAUGGUGGUAACCCAGAUGCAUCAGCUUCUCGAAAUGCGUUGCUGGACGCUGAACAGGAAGCGAAUCCAGCUAGCAAGCACAGUAACGGCAAUAGCAAUAGUAGUAGUUGUAGUACGGACGAGAAGACCAACACUGAAGAAAGUGAUCUUCAUGCAAGUUUGGAGCAUAUCCUUCCCGAUAACCUUUUUACUUCUCCUAAGAAAUCAUCUGGCGACCACACUGUCUUCUCAACUGCUGCUUUGGAGGUUGAUGAAACGAGUACAUCUUCUUCUAACAAUAACCCCAUAAUGCCCACCGCUUCCGCUCUCAAUAUUAGUUCCCUUAAGUCGUGUUUUCUCCAAAUGCCCAGGCUUUCUUCUGGGCGUGGUCCCAUUGGCAUGUAGUUGGCAAAGGUGAGCAUGGCCAGCAACGGGGAGAUUGACUUUGCUAGGAAAUAUUGGAAAGCAUAUACAAGGAAGAAAAAGAAAUCCUCUAGCUGUAUAGCCAAAAACCAUACUCACAACAAAGAAAGAUCUGUAGACAAGAUCUCAGCAAGAUCACCAUCAUCAUCAAUACAUACUACUUUACAAUGAAUACAUAAUGCAUACAUAAAAGGACAGAUGAACUGAUAUAUGGGAGUGGGGUCUUUCUGUUUUUCCUCAGUGUGUACCCUCUAUAGGUGAGUGUUUGUGUGUGUGUGUGUGUGUGUGUGUGUGUGUGUGUGUGUACUGGACCACACAUCAAUAGUAGAGCAAACAAAAGGCUAGUAGUAACUCUCUUAUCAUCUGUAAUUUAGUCUUUUCUUUUACUUUGUUUUUA